UGUACUUUCGGUUAUAUAAAAGAGAGCUGAUGGCUGGGAACCCUUAGUUUAUUCCCGAGUGCCUGUCGAGAAGGAUUGUAUAAAGAUGAAACAAAACCUGGAUAUGCUGAAUGCUAGGGGGAAGUCGAGGAUUUACAAGGCGUACGGCAUGACCCCGCAGGGGAUUGCUGAGGAUGUCGAGUCCAUAAAGAACUGGCUUUUCAAGCAGCCCCAUCUUCCGCAGAUACAAAGAGAGCUGCUGUCAAUCCAAGUAGAUGAAUGGCUUGAGAAUUACCUUAUUUGCUGCAAAAACAGCGUCGAGAGAGCGAAAGAGAAUUUGGAUAUGUACUUCACCAGCAAGAUCAUAGUCCCAGAGGUGUUUACACAUCGCGACCCUCUUCAGGAAGCUUUCAAGACCAGCUGUCAAGUUAUGGCCAUUGGGUUUGUACCGACUUUGACCGAUGAAGGAAGGAAGGUUUUCUUCUUCUCCCAUAGGCGGAACACCGCGGAGGACUUUGACCCGGUUGUUAUGAUGAAGAGGAUUUCGAUGAUUUUGGACAUUCUGCUAUUAGAGGGCAUCGAUUUUCUCGGGAUAGAAAUUAUAGUUGAUUGUAAAAACGUCUGCUUGAGCCAUCUUACACGGUAUAACUUGAACACCACCAAGAAAGUGCAAGACGUCGGUUUGAAAGCCUACCCACAGAGGAUACACAGAAUCCACAUGGUUAAUCCAACUCAGGGGAUGGAAAUGGGGAUGGCGCUUUUCAAGCCGAUACUGUCGAAAAAAAUCAACGACAGGUUCCUCGUUCACCGCGACUUAAAGGAUUUGGUCGGGAUGCUCGGAGACGACUGCGUGCCUAGCGAUUUGGGAGGACAGGCGCCAUCAAUAGACGAAAUCAACGCUCGUUGGGAAGAAAAGCUGAUAGCCUACAGGGAUUGGUUCCAGUGCAACGACGGCAUCAAAUCAGACGAAUCGAAGAGAGUCGGAAAAUGUCGCUACCAGUCUGAAAACACCUUUGGAAACCAGGGUUCUUUUAGGAAAAUUGAAGUAGACUAGAUUAUAAACGUAAGCAAAACAUGUAAAUAAUAAUAACUUUCCUCAACUGUAAAUACUAUAAUGAUAAUCUAAUCAACAUACCCAAAAACCAGGAUAGUAACACUUUGUUUUUAACUAAUACUAUUAAAUUCAAUAUAAUUAGACAUAAAUAAGUUUAUAUAAGUAGUAUAGAGUGACUGAACACAUUGUUUUCAUUCUUGCACUGAAAAAGUUCCAUAAGCCUUAUACUUUUAGUUUUUAAAUUUAAUAAAUGUACUUUAAAUAAA